AUGCGAAGCUUCCCCAACUCUACUGCCUUCGCAAAUGCGAACAAGUGUUCGCAAAUGCAGACUAGUAUGGAUCGCACAUGCGACCACAAUUUUGCAAUUGCGAAAGUCCUCCCCCCAGCCCACUGCUCGCAAAUGCGCUGGCCUCUUUGCAAAUACGAGACUCGCAUUUGCGAGCCAGACCUUGCAAAUGCGAAGUCUGCAGAUCUGAUACACCAGGUAUCAUUUUCUGCUAUUCGCAAAAAAAUUGACAAUCUUGCUAAAUCAAGUGCCGCCAUGACAGAGGAGCAGUUGGACUUUCUCCUCCUGAAUCUCCAACACCUAUCCAAGUAUUGUGUUGAAAAAUGUUAUCCCUUAGUGACUGAAUAUGAGAUUCUUCAUAUUGUAUGUGGCAACAUAAGGGAUUUCCAUCGAUUGAAAAUGAAUGGCUGCGUUGAGCAUGAGAUUAUUAAAAAUGUCUUACCUCAGUUUCAACAAAUGGCUGAGAGAGUAGGAUGCUUCCUUUUGUAUGGUGAAUUAAUUGAUAGAGACUAUGGACUCUCAAAGCCAACACAUACCCUCUUGAAGGUUAUUCCAUUUGAAGUGGAGGUUAUACACAUAUGUCAUACAAAUUUGAAAUAUUCAACAUCAGCAGAAGUUGGAUGCUUCAUUGAGCAGCUCUUAGAAACCUCUCCGGACAUUCUUCGAGAAUAUCUCAUUCAUCUACAAGAGAACAUGGUAAAUGUUAUUACCACUAGAACUUCAGGGGCUCGAAACAUUCAUGUCAAGAUAGAGUUCCUAUUAAUGGUUCUAAUUAAUAUGCCCAAGGAGUUUAUUCAUUAUAACAAAUUGUUUGAUCUCUUAGCACAUGUUGGAGAACUUAUCAGGGAGGUAUCAACUCUUGUUCGUGACCUAGAAGAGAAUUCAAGAAAUGAAGAGAGUACUAACGAAAAAAACCAUGUAACUUUGGACUUGAUCGAAACUAUUGAACUCAUGAAAGGAGAUCUCAAACAUCUUUACUUAAAAGCCCCAGACACGUCUUUGAAGUUGGUAGCUGAAAGAAAGCUGUUCGUGAAGGUCAGACCAGAGCAUAAGGAAGGAAGCUCACUCAGAAUGCAAUUCGCGCAUCUGUCGGUAGACUUCCCCAUGAGUGAUGGACCCUUGUUCAUCCAUCUUCUACUUAUACACUUAAAUGAUUUGCUCAAUUCCAAUGCUUAUUCAGUUGCUUUGAUAAAAGAAGAAAUUGGACUAGUGAAAGAAGAUCUAGAAUUGAUAAGAUCUAUCUUUGUGAAUGUUGAACAAGAAUUGUAUAAAGAUCUUUGGGCACGUGUUUCAGAUUUGGCAUACGAGGCAAAAGAUGUCAUUGAUUCAAUUAUUGUACGAGAUAAUGAUCUCUUACUUCUUAUUUUCUCACUUCCCUUUGUCAUAGAAAAGAUCAAGCUUAUCAAAGAAAAGAUCUCUAAUUUACUUGAGAAGAUUCUCAAGAACAAGUGCCUCAUUAUUGUGAACUCUCUCACCAAGCAUGUUGAAAGGAAGCCAUUAAAAACUGAUCAAUUAAUCGUAGGUUUUAAAGAGGAGACAUACUUGAUAAUUAGUAAGCUCACCAGUGGACUAAAAAUGCUAGAUGUCAUUUCGAUCACUAGUAUUCCGGGUUCGGGUAAAACUACUUUGGCAUACAAAGUGUAUAAUGAUAAGUCAGUUUCUAGUCAUUUCGAUAUCCGUGCAUGGUGUACAGUCGAUACAAAAUAUGUCGAGAAAAAGUUAUUGGAGAAUAUUUUUAAUCAAGUUACAGGCUCAACUUUGAAAGUCAUAGAGAAUAUAGAUGUUGCUGAUGAGCUACGGAAAAAUUUGUUUAGAAAGAGGUUCCUUAUCGUCUUAGAUGACUUAUGGGACACUGCAACAUUGGAUGAGUUAGCAAGACCUUUUCCUGAAGCUAGGAAAGGAAGUAGAAUUAUUUUGGCAACUCGAGAUAAGAAAGUGGCUUUGCAUGCACAAUGCCACAGUGAUCCUCUUGACCUUCGAUCGCUAAGACAAGAAGAAAGUUUGGAGUUAUUACAGAAAAGGGUUUUUGGAAAAGAAAGUUUGCCAGAUGAACUAUUGGAUGUUGGUAAAAGAGUAGUCAAAAAUUGUAAAGGUCUUCCUUUGGUGGUUCAUCUGAUCGCUGGAGUCGUUGCUCGGAAGGAAAAUAAAAAGUCUGUUUGGCUUGAAGUUCUAAAUAGUUUGCAUUCCUUCAUUUUCCAGAAAGAAGAGGACGUGAUGAAGGCUAUAGCAUUAAGUUAUGACCAUUUACCUGAUCAUGUAAACCCGUGCUUACUUGACCUUGCAAGUUAUGAGAAGGACACAAAAAUUCCAGCCGAUCAUAUGAAAAGAUUAUGGCGUGCCAAAGGAUUUGUCGAACACACAGAGACGAACAAUGUGGAAGAAGUGAUGGAUGUUUAUUUGGAAAAUUUAAUUUCCAGUAGUUUGGUUAUUUCUUUCAAUGAAAUAGGCAACGGUCGGACUUACCAAAUUCAUGAUCUUGUGCAUCACUUUUGUUUGUUAAAAGCAAGAGAGGAAAAGUUGUUUGACGAGAUAAGUUCAAAUGCUCUAUCAUCUUCUUCUUCUUCAGAUCUUAUGCCACGUGAAAUGCAAUUUCUUUAUGAUGAUGAGGACUUUGGGCAUAAUGAUUUUGUCAUAUUCGAUUCAAAAAAGAAAAGGCAUUCUGGUAAACACCUCUAUUCUUUGCUGAUAUAUGGGCACGAGCUGGACAAUAGUCUUUAUAAUAUAUGUCACCUAAGACACUUAAGGUUUCUUAGAGUAUUGGAAUUGUACGGCUCUUUUAUCAAGGUGGAUGAUUAUUUGCUGAAUGAAAUAUGUACAUUGGUUCAUUUGAGGUUCUUAAAUAUUAAGACAAAAAUUAAAUCUCUGCCUUCGACUUUUCUAAAUUUCUGGAAUCUGAAAAUUCUGAAGGUGAAAAACGAUGGAUCGCCAUUGAUACUACUACUGACAAUUUGGAAUCUUGUAAAGUUGCAAGUGUUGGUCAUAAAUGAUUGUUCUUUCUUUGAUUUGGAUACAGAUAAACCAAUAAAGGUAGCAGAGGACUCAAAGUUAGAGAACUUGAGAGAAUUAUGGGGAUUCAAGCUUUCCUAUUCGAAAGACAUUAAGGAUAUUUUCAUUCUACCAAAAGGCAUACUCCCAUUCUACCAAAAGGCAAUUUUCUACAAUAUCUGA